UGUUUGAACAAGAGGCACAGAAAAGUUAGAAGCGGAUUUUGUCUGGCGUCUGAUCUGCAGCAGCAUCCGUCGAGAGCAUCAUGGCAAACAAACCACAGCAGCCUCCUCACCUCCACCUGGCCGAGGUCACCGCGUCCCAGUUCCUCGACAUUUGGAAACAUUUCGACGCUGACGGUAAUGGCUACAUCGAGGGGAAGGAGCUGGAGAACUUCUUCAGGGAGUUGGAGAUGGCCCGGAGAGGAGCAGGGGUGGACCCUUCAAACCCCACAUUCAGAGAAAAGAUGAAGGAGUUCAUGCAGAAGUUCGACAAGAACAAAGAUGGACGAAUUGAGAUGUCAGAGCUGGCCCAGAUUCUCCCAACUGAAGAGAACUUCUUGCUCUGCUUCAGACAGUUUGUCAGCUCCAGUGCUGAGUUUAUGGCGGCAUGGCGGCGAUAUGAUACAGAUCGCAGUGGCUACAUUGAAGCAAAUGAACUGAAGGGCUUUCUGUCAGACCUGCUGGAGAAGGCUAACAGACACUAUGAUGACCAGAAGCUCCAGGAGUACACACAGACUAUCCUCAGGAUGUUUGAUCUGAAUGGAGAUGGGAAGUUGGGCCUGUCAGAGAUGGCAAGGCUUCUCCCAGUUCAGGAGAACUUCUUACUCAAAUUUGAGGGUGUCAAGUUGACCACUGAGCAGUUCAAUGCCAUCUUCACAUACUACGACAAGGAUGGGAAUGGCUACAUUGAUGAGCAGGAGUUGGACGCCCUGCUACGAGACCUUUACCAGAAAAACAAAAAGGAGGUGGACUUGAAAAACCUGUCAGGCUACAAGCAGAGCAUCAUGAGCCUGUCUGACGGAGGGAAGCUCUACCGUGGCGAGCUGGAAAUUGUCCUCUGCAGGGAGCCAAUUGCCUGACUCUUCCUCCUCUCUUGUUGUAUAUCUUCAUUUUCUCUGCCUGCCCCGCCCUGCUCUCCUGUGACCACACCCACUUUCUGCUGCCUGGCAACAUAUACCAGGUGCAUGUGCCAGACAC